AUGCUGAAGUCUGAAUACAUGGAGAAAAUGAGUGCUUUACUAGGAGACGAAACCACCUACUCCAUUAUUGACAGAAAUCCUACCAGAAAGAUCAUUUCAACGCUGGUCUCCCUCCUUACGCGUUGGAAAAAUAAAAAAUAUAUCACACAGCAGGAAUAUCGCUCUUUACAUGUCAGUGACGGCAUCUUACCUAGGGCUUAUGGCCUACCUAAGAUCCACAAACCCGAUUGCCCACUCAGAAUCAUUGUGUCUUCUAUUAACACUCCUCUGUAUGACCUAGCUUCUUUCCUACAAAAGAUCCUACACAAGAGUUUGCCUAUAAAUGGAUCCAGCAUCAAGGACAGCUUUACACUUGUCGAAAAGCUGAACAACAAAGAACAGACACACGGCAGUCCUAUGAGGUCUCCUCUGUCCCCUGACGCUGCGGAGAUUGUCAUGCGGGAUCUUGAGAAUAAGGCCUUGAAACGACUCAAAUAUAUUCCACCUUUUUAUUUCCGCUAUGUCGACGACGUUGCAUCUGCGGCGCCCCUUAACUUCUUACAAGACACCCUUAACAUUUUUAACUCCAUUCACAACAGGCUACAGUUUACAAUAGAAAUUAGUAAUAACAACACCCUUAAUUUUCUCGACACCACGAUAAUAGCUGCCAAUGAAAGACUGAUAUUUGACUGGUAUCACAAACCGACCUUUUCUGGACGAUAUCUCAGCUUCUUUUCCAGCCGUCCAAACGGCCAAAAGAGGGGAGUAGCUAUGGGUUUAAUUGACAGGGCCUUCAGGCUAUCCCAUACUAGUUUUCACCAAAAAAAUCUGUCUCUGGCCAUCACUCUCUUACUCGAGAAUGGUUAUCCAUUGGACUUCGUUUUCGCGAUAAUUGUGAAAAAGCUUAGUUCUCUUUUAAAAAAAUCUAUCUCGGGGCCUCUGGACGAUGAAAAGCCAAGCGGUAGGUCUUAUCUGUCUGUUCCGUACGUAAAAAAUAUAUCAGAAAAAUUCACUCAUCUCGCCAGUACUAUGGAUGAAAAACUGAGUUUUUACGGCUUUAAUCGACUAAACGGCCUUAUUAAAGUACACAAGGACACUGUCGAUAACGUUUCUUAA